AUGUCACCAAAAAUAGAAGAACUCUCAGACGAUUAUGGGGUGACUAGAAAACCUCAACAAGUGCCUGACUCCACUUCCUCCAAGAAAGUGCCCAAAAAGAAUCCGUUUGCUGAUGACACCAAAAAGAAGACCAUCAAGAGAUCUGCAGACGAAGUGUACCCUCAACGGAAAGGGCUCAAUAAACCCCAGUUUAAAAGAGAUAAACCGAUGGACAUCUUGUUCGGGCAAUUGGAAGCAUUGCUAGACUUGUCUUAUGAUCAAUUGACCUUGGAUACACUUUAUAUACGUAUAUUCAACCAAGACGACACCAAUGGUGGAUCGAGGUUAAGAGUACUUGAUUACCUACUUGAAAAGUUACUAGAGAUCCAAAAGUAUUCGUUGGAGCCACAAUUCAAAGAUAAAUCGAUAAUUGCGAUAUCGCUACACGAUGUCAAAACAUUUAGCAAGCUUGUCAACACUAUUGUGAUACAUGGAGUUUACCCUGCGUUAAAUGUAUUCCACAUUGGCAUACCGUUUGAGAAACGAGUAUUGAAAGAGAUGAAGGAGAAUAGAAAACCAGUCACAAUAGACAAGAUCACCGAACCUGAGCAAGCCAUUGAGCUUUUAAAACUCAUUUACGACAAACUCUUUAUCCUUUUUCAGACUACAUCCGAUGUUACUGAGUUACUUAGAAAGGGAUCGGGUUUAUCUGACUUUAUCACCAUUGCUAUUGCCUUGAAUACGAUACCCAAUAUUGAUCACAACAAGUAUUCUACAGAGUACUCAACAGUGGAGAAAGUGCCAGACACUUUUGAGCUAUUCCAAGUCUACUCCCUUUUACUAACAACCCCAUCACCUAUCUACUUUAAAACAUUUGUUAUAAGCCAUUUACAACUACUUCACUAUAACGCACCACGAGGUGAUGGAUUACUCGCCUUGAUUGAAUACGUAUUGGGUUUACGUGACCAAGACGAAAUUGAAAUCACGAAGUUUGAUCACGUUGCUAAUGUUGUGUUGCUGAAACCUAAAGCUAUAAACACAAGAGAAUAUUUCACAUCUAUUGGGAACCAGUGUUACAAUCUAUUAGUCAAUAUAAAUCGACCAACGGUGGCAUCGUGUGUUGCAUAUAUCCUUGAAAAGCUUUGGAGCAAAAAUAGAUUAGUGGUUCAAGACUUCUUUUUAAAGCAGGUGUGGGACAAGUUCAACCCCAAGCCAGACCAAUCGAGAGUUUUAGUCACUGAAGCUCAACUAAACAAUGAGGUAAAUGUAUUGUUGUCGUUAUCAAGAAAGGGAUUAGAACCAGAUUUAUUCAAGGCAGUCAUGGCACCAAUUAUUGUUCCUAUUUGGGGCUACUAUUUGUUCUUGAAAAGAAAUGCCAAGUCGGUUGAGGUGAUUUCUAAUAUAAUGACGACGUAUUUCACGGUGAUGAAGGACUUUGAUGCUAAAGACCUCGCUGGCAUUGAUCUAAUAGCAAAGAAUCUUUGUUUCGAAAGUGGAGAAGGAUGGGGCUUUGCAUUCGGAGCCAAUAAUUUGGUGCAGAUAGAAAAGAGCAGCCACCAAUUCAAGUCAGAGAGCAAAGAGACCAAAGUUAACAAUUUCAUUAUCAAUUUAGAUUUCGCAUGUACAAACUUUAUCACAUUGUUGGAAAAUGCCGAUGACGAUAUUAUACAGGGUCUUUUUGUCAGGAUAUUGAAAAGCUGGUUAUCGGGGUCCAAUUUACUUGGGGAUGAUGAAGAGAGCCCCUUUAUUAAGCUAGUGGACUUGAAGUUGUUGGAGAGUAUCGGAGACAAAUUUAAAGAGAGCCUCGCGAGAACCCCUUCAGAGAUGUUGCUUAUUGUGCAAAGCUUCUUGAAUGCUAAUUUUGAUGUUGAUGAAGAUGGUGAUGAUGCAAUGCACGAUUCUGAUGACGAAGAUGACGAUAAAGAAGAGAUUUUGCCCGUAUUGUUGGAAUUGCUCUCUGCCAUUUUAUUGGAGAACGAUGUCGUGAUAGAUGAUCAAUGCACUGAGCUUUUAUCAGGAAUCAAGACAUCAUUAUUCAAUCUAUCCAAGCAAGUAAUCAAUGAGAAUGUCAAGCUGUCAGCCCGUGCACUAGAGACGAGGAUAGCCAACAUUCUAAGUGGGGAUAUCCCAGUUACUAACGCACUUGACGCUCAAAAAUUGACAUUGAGUAGAGCAAUUACAAGUUUGAAUGAUCCAUUGGCACCAAUUCGAGCACAUGGGCUUUAUCUUUUACGCCAGUUGAUUGAAUCUAAAAGUGAAGUGCUCUCUCUAGAUUUUGUCAUUAAUUUGCAUUUAGUACAAUUAAAAGACCCAGAGCCGUUUGUUUAUUUAAACGUUAUCAAAGGAUUGGAAAGCUUAAUAGAAUGGGAUGAGCCUGUUGUCCUCAAGACUUUAAGUGGCCUAUAUAUGAAUGAAGAGACAGAGUUGGAUGAACGGUUAAGGAUCGGUGAGGUCAUCCUUCGUUAUAUUCAAGUAUCCCACGAAACGUUUCAGGGAGUGUCGGCAAACCUCAUUGUUGAGUCUACAUUGUCAAUUAUUCGUAGGCAUGAUACAGACGAUGAUCGAGUGAGAAUGUCAGCCAUAUCACUACUAGGAAUGUGUUGCAAAGUUAACCCCAUUGGAUUAAUUGGCAAUUUAGAAAAUGCUUUAGAUUGUGCCCUUGGUAUCCUCAAUUUGGAAACCAAUGAAGACAAAGCAAUUAUGAGAAGGGCGGCAGUAGUCUUGAUUCUAGAUUUAGUACUAGGUACUUCUGAAACAGACAAGGUUGAGUUCCCCGAAAAAUACCGCGAGAAGGUAAUUACAAUUUUGAAAUAUGUUGCUUCUACCGACAAGGAUAUUUUUGUCCGAGAGCAAGCACAAAAAGUGUUGGACACGAUUGAAGAGUUGUUCAAAUUGGCCAUGGGUUUAUAUUUCGAAAAACAAUAA